AUGGAGAAGCUCAUCGCCGACGCUAUACCUAAUCCUGGUCAUAUCUCUGUCGCCGACGCUAUACCAGUCGCCGACGCUAUACCAGUCGCCGACGCUAUACCAGUCGACAAUGCUAUAUGUAUUGCCGAAUAUAGCCCGGUGAAGCUUCCCGUCAAGCGAAAGCAUAGAGAAGUAGAAGAAGACGAGGACCUGUCCGACGUCUUCCAGAUCCCCAAGUCCCCUGAAGUUGAGUCCGGCCGAGUGGCCCGAAGUCGAGCAAAAUCUGCCAAGAGAAAAACUGCUUCCAAAACUGUCACCCAUGCACCUAUCGAUCCUGCUGAUAUUCAUGCGAACAAGCCAGAACCACAUGGCCAGCCAUUGGCCUGGGCUGACAAGAGAGCAGCCUUGAAUGAUGCACUGCCAUAUUUCAGAGCACAUCAAGGCAGCGUGCAUUCAGCGGAGUUAAUGCCUAAAGGCAUGCUUAUAGAUGGGAUCGUAGGGAUGCGUGACCAUUUUUCUAGUCAGGUUAUAAUUACUUCGAUUGGUGGUGGCCGCGUUCAUGAUCCAGUUACCAAGCAGAGGGUCAGAAUCGAAGAUCAAAGGGAAGACGGUAAGAAUUACAAGGCUUUGAUGAAGGCGUGGGAAGCGAACCACCCCUUCGUGAUGAUAGCCGGAGCGCACAACAAUAUGUUCCCGGUCAAACCUCCUCAUCACUAUAAUGUUCUCGACUACUUCUACAUCACAGAGAUCUGGCAAGAAAAGACCAGGGAACCACAGGGACAAACAGUGACGAUCUAUAUGGUCCGCUUGGAAAAGGUCAACUUAGAUAGCAGAUCUUGGUGGGCUCCAAAAGGUGUUAGUGCUCCCGAAGCGGGUGAAUUUGGGAUCGGCGAAUACUCCUGCACAUCAAGUACUUGCACGACUUGCAAAAAACCAAGCAAGGAGAUUUUUGAGCAAGGUUGGGCCUGCCUUAAUAGCCUAUGCAAAAAAUUCUUUGAGUUCGCUACCUUAUUGGACGUCAACGAGCUAAAAUACAACAACGCCUUCUUACGAGAGAGAACCAAAUACAGCGGUAAUCCCCCCCCGGAUGAUCUCAUUCCUGCACUACCCUCCGAUCAAGAGAACACCCUUGGCAGUGAAAAGGAGUAUAAACAAGGAAUCCUUUGUCCUAAGUGUGGCUGCUGCAGCAGGAGAAUAAAGUGGGAUGGCUGGUAUUGUGAGAAUGCAGAAUGCGAUUUCACACAUACGGUCCCCAUCAAGAUGACUCCGCUCAAUCGUAUCAUGAAAGAGAACAAGGAGGUGAAGAGUAAAACGGGAGGCACUCGUAUAACUAAAUCUCCCAGUGGUGUUCCUGUUCACAAGACGACUAUAGGAGGACAGAAACUCAAAACCUUUUUCCUCCCAGAUGAGAAUAGUAACGGUUACAUUGGCACUGUCACCCGCAUUAGGCCGACAAAAGAGGCCAUUUCAAGAAAAGGUGGUAUUGACGACCUAUAUUUACGUUUGCAAAAGGAGGACCUAAAGCUUGAGAGAAGACCAGCAAAGAAUCCCGGCUGUCGAGUCGAAGAGUUGACCUCUCACUUCUCUGGGAAUUUCGGUGCUCCGUACAAAUUUGGAGUGGUUGUAAAAACCACAACUAGCUUCGAGGACGCACCAACUCCGAUAUUAGAGACUCUUCUUCGACUGACUUGGGGAGGAGAGGCAGCCGUUGAAGCCUCGAGAAAUCUCAUUCAGGACAAGGCCAUCAAGGUCUCAGGAGAUUCCAUACCAGAAACAUUCGACGCGUAUAAUGAGCAGCUAGUGCUUGGAUACUUUGAAAAGUCAAAAAUCAGUGCCCACGACGACGGCGAGAAAGAACUUGGCCCAAAUGUUGCAUCACUCUCCCUUGGCUCUCCUUCGGUGAUGAACUUUUCCCCAAAAAAAGGAAAGCGCAUUGGGAACUUGACAGAUUUAAGCAACAAGAAGAGAAGGCCGUUCCUAUCGGUGAAGCUAAAGCAUGGUGACAUGCUGGUCAUGCAUGGGGAAGAAAUCCAGAAACUAUAUCUCCAUGCCGUCGAACCACGCGGAAAACAUCGAUUUGCUUUAACUUGUCGAUACAUCCGGCCAAAUACCAUUCCUAAUGAAGAAGCGCGCGCCUUAGCUCUUACUGCUGGAAAGGUCCCUGAUCGAUGGACUGCCAUUAGGUAUAAUGGAGAAGAAGACCAGUUCGAAUCCCGUGUCACUGGAGAAGUUGUAGCUCGUCCUGGAACCAUUGUUGAGAGUGCUGAGUCUACUAAAAACCCGGCACCAUCUAAAUACGCCAUCUAA